AUGGGACAAGUGCCAGCUAUUGUUCAUGAUGAUUUUAAGCUAUUUGAGAGCCAUGCAGUCCUUACCUAUCUUGCCUGUGCGUUUCCUGGAGUUACAGAUCAUUGGUAUCCUGCUGAUCUUCGCAAGAGAGCCAAGGUUCAAUCUGUGUUAGACUGGCACCAUUCUACCCUGUCCUUAACCCACAGGACAGGGCAGCUGAAGGUGACGAAUAAUUUUGACUUGUGCUCUGUCAACAAUAGGAGUCCAUUUGGCUUCAGGACAGUGGGAAUUUCGUUGCUUUUGGAGGCAGAUCAACCAUCGUUUAGCGGAUUCUUAGCCUUUAACACACAGUCACAGCUAUUGGAAGAAAAUGAUCGCAAUCGUUUACUGGACCCAUACAAGAAAGUUCAACAGUGGAUUGAAAAUACAAAAACUGCAACGAACCCUCAUUUUGAUGAACUCCACGGUGCUGUUUUUCAAUUCGGUGCAAUGCUGAACAAGCAGCAGUAA